CGGUAAACUGUGUUGUGGCUGGCCAAUCACAAGUCACCUGCGCACCAGUUAACGAAAACUCGUCGGCCGCCGUCUGUUCCCUAAUUUCUGAUCUGAUGAUCGUCCGUGUAUGUGUAAUGUAUUGACGAAUUAUUGUUGUAUAGUUGGCUUCACAGUGCACACGGUUGUUCGUGUUGACAUUAUUUUGACUAAAGUUCUUCAAAAACGUUGACUAAAUAACGUUAUUUUUUGUUUUUUCAUCAGAUUAUCUCACGAUAUACACAUUUAAAUUUAAUAAACUAUUUAUUUCAAAUAAGGGUUUAUGAUUUCCGAUUUCACUUUUAAAUUUUAGAAGGUAUUUACCUAGUAUUUAUUACAAUUUAGUUAUAAUUCUUAGCUAUUGUCUAUUUGAUUAUUCAGUUAUACCUCUAAUGUUAUUCAUGAUACUUUCUAUUGUAAAACUAUAUUAUUUUUUUAUAUCUUAUUCUGCUGUAGUGAUCAUUCAAUAAUAAUAACAACACCAAAAAAAAAAAAAAGGAAUUGCAAACAUUUGAUGAUGAAUGUUAAUAAAAAAGUUAGAUCUGUAGUAUUAGAAGGUUAUGGUGGUUAUGAUAAAAUAAGAGUAAGUAAUUUAUUGAUGUAUGCCAAUAAAGAAAUAAAUUAACUAAAAUAUUAUGAAUAUAUUGUUUUUAUAUAAUCAUGAUAUUUUAUGUCGCAUGCAUAAAUAUAAAUGUUUCAAUGUGUAACACUAAUUAGGUAGGUAUAUAAAGUAAUAUAUGUACCUCAUUAUUUAAUGUUAAUAUAAUAUCUGAUACCUAACCUGCUUAUCUAUUUGUAUAAAAUCUACCCUAGCAUAUUUAAAUUAUCUAUUGUGAACAGAGUACCUAUCGUGUCCUAUUUGUGUGGAUCAUUAAAUGCAUUUUUAUUUAAAACCACAAUAUAUUAACUUUUGUACAACUCGUUCCAGAUUCAACGUUUGCCGGUAGACGACUUGGAACCAUUAUCUCUAUAUAUACGAAUUCACUUAUGUGGUGUCAACUUCAGCGAUAUAUAUACGAGACAAGGUCUUUUACGAGACUUGAAAACUCCGCGUAUCCUUGGUACAGAAUGUUAUGGUAUAGUAGAAAAUUAUGGAAAGGAUGUGACCAACUUUCAGGUAACUAGAUUUAAUACAGUAAUUUGUUAUCUAUUUAUAUUAUUAUUUAAUUUUAGGUAUGGUUUAAAUGUUUAGAAGUUAAAUUUGAAUAAUAUUAUAACUCUCAUAAUACCAAUGUGUAAUAUAUUUUCGUUACUAUUUAGUGUGGAGACAGAGUAAUAUGUUACAUGUGGACAGGAGGCCUCUUCAGAGAAUUAGCAGUAGUACCAGAAAAAAACUGUUUUUUAAUUCCGGACGUUAUUUGUAACCAAGAUGCAGUUUCUCUCCCUGCCAAUUAUUUGACUGCAUAUUUAAGUAUUUUUACCAUGGGAAAUUUACAACCUGGAGAAACUGUUUUAAUUCAUUCAAUUGCUGGUUUAGUAGAAUUUCAUAAUUUAUUGAUUCUGUAAUACUUAUUAUUUGAAAAUAUAAACCCAAUAUUUUUUUUGUAGGUGGUGUUGGUUGUGCCGCUACUCAACUAGCAAACACUGUGAAAGACGUAACUAUUUUUGGAACAGCUUCAGCUUCUAAACAUCAAGAUCUAAAAAAGAAUGGAGUUAAUCGUGUUUUACACCAUAGGACCUAUAUGACACAAGCUAGAAACAUAUUACCCGGAGGAUUUGAUUUAAUUAUAGAUAGUAUUGGAGGACCCAAUAUUGAAAUAAGUCAAUCAUUACUUAAACCUUGUGGCCGUUUAGUGAUUAUUGGUAACUAAAAUUAUUUAAAUAUAAUAUACUAUUGAGUAUAGAAUCUAGUAUAUUAUACCGGUGUAUUAAUUUAAGGUUUAUUAGUUCAUCAUCACACUAUUACUAUAGUGAAUUAGGUACUUAGUGCUACAUGUUGUUUGUAUAAAAUUAAUUUAGAACGGUUUAUAUGGUGGGAAAAACAGCAGCAGCUGAACUUUGAGUCAUGAAAUGAUUGCUCUGAAAGUAGUAGUGGUGUAACACAUCAACAUAUCAUACCAAACAUUAUGCCAUUUUCAUUCAUAUUUUUAAAUGGCUAUUAAUUAAUAUUUAAGAAACCUUCAGUAUCCUAAUGUUUAAGUAGUUCAUCUGUUAAAUUUUAAUGUAUUGACAUUUAGCAAAUGUAAUUCCAUCUUAUUAUUAUUAACAACAUAUCAAUUUAUUGUAAUUGUUAUUUAAUUUGAUAAAGUUAAAUAAAGGCGUGUACAAUAGCAAACUGAAAAACAGUUGUACUGUUGCGACAUGUGUCAUCUUAGAAAUAACUUUAUAUGAAAUGGGUCAUGAAAACCAACAGUGGACAUCUCUGAGAUGACUUGUCUUUGCAACAUGUGUCCGAUUAAACAUACAUUAAAUAACACACAGUAGUGUUAAAAUCCAUUUUAAAGUCGGAUUUUAUUUGCUUUAUAACUUAGUUAUAAUUUUAUAGGUGGUUCAUGCGUUAAGGCAAUAAAUUUAUAAAAAUUUAAAAAAAAUUCACUUUUUUUUCAUUAGUUCAUAAAUUCACAAAUUUUAUAAGUGAAAUAAAACAAUCAAAAAGGUAUUAUGUUUUCUCAAAUUAAUUAUUGCAUUCAAAAAAUAGUAAGUAUAUAAAAUGGCUGAAAAUAGACUUGGAUGUCUAGAACCUGGACAUGUCAUGAGGAGAGAGGGAUCAUUAGCAGUAAGGGUUGUAAUACAAAUAAAUGUAGGAGGAAAUAGAGAGGAAAAUCAAAAAAAGAGGUGAUUGAAUGCGAUAUAGAGUAUGAAAUGAGGAUAGCUGGUGUAUGCAGCAUGAGAGAUCGGGUCUAGUGGAAGAUUAGGAUAAAGGCGGAUGACCCCAAAUAGUUGAGAUGAAAGUAAAGUAGAAGAAGAUUUACCAGACUAUUUUUAAAAUUUGAUUAGGUCUAUAAUGACCAUAUAUAAGUAUUCAUUGUAAAUGUAAGAAGAGGAAGAGGUAAAAACAAAUAUUUUAAUACAUUGUUUUUAGAAAAAAAUUAGACCUACAAUAUUAAUCAUAAAAAAUGAUAAAUUUAUGUGAUAAAUUAAUAAUUUAACAGAAAAAAAUAAAACACCCAGUAUCUUCUGUAAUAUGUUUGAUUAAAUUUUUAUGUUUUGAUAAAAACAUUUAAAAAAUAACUUUAUUUUAUUAUUUUAAAAUAAUUUGAAGAUAGUCAUUUUAUAAAGUUUAUUGUUCUGAAAAAUUUGACAAUUCAACUCCUUAUUUCUUUAUAAAUUUGUGAUUUGUAACAAUUUUUUUAUAAAAAGUUGAACCGUCAAAAUGUCCAGAAGAAUAAUAAACUCUUUAAAAUGGCUAUUUAUACAUUUUUUGUAAAUAUAAAAUAAAAAGUUUUUUUUUUUAAAGUUAAUUAAACAAAAAGUUAAUUGAAGUAUAAAUAUUUGUAGUCCUUAUCCUUUAGUAAUAUAUAUAUAAAAAAAACAACAUUUUACUAUCUUUGGAAAUAUUAAAAUAAAAUGAGUAUAUUUUUAUGGGAUACAUAUUUUGCUUUAAAAAUAUUUUUAAUGAUAAAUUUUUUUAAAUAAGUAAGACAAAUAAGUUUUUAUUUUUAUAAUUUUUUGAAAUUUACAAAAAUCAUUAACAAAAUUACUUUUCAUGGAUAAAUUGGUGAAUCGAUUGAUAUUGUUUAGUAGUGGAAUGAAAACAAUUAAAAUUAUAAUUAACUUUAAAAAAUCUUAGAAAUCAAUGAUUCAACAUUUGUAAAUAUUUUUAACACUAAACUUUUGUUUAAAAGUUUAUAAAUGACUAUCUUGGAUUUUGUAAAACUUUUUUUUUAAAUCUUAAGUUUUAUAUUCCAGGCAGAGCUAGGAAUGUAUUGGUUUUAUAAUAGUAUUUAAUUUUAAUUAAAUUUUUUUUUGUGAACAACUUUUCUACCAAAAGUUUUGACUCAAUUUUUAUGCGUAGCACACUUUUUGUAAAGAAAUUUUUAUGAGGUGGUAACUUAAGGGAUGUCAAUUUCGUUAUUUUCCCUGGAAUUUUAAUAAGGAAAAACAGUAAAAUUUACGAAAUGUAUUAUUUUAAAAUUGUAAAUAUUACUCCUUUUCAAAACAUGUAUAACCAAACUCUGUUCAGAAUUGUUAUUCAUUACCAAUGAUUAAUCAUUGCAUACAGUUAUACAUUAAAUUUCCCUUCUACCUUCCCAACUUCCCGUCUACAACAGUGGCCCACCCAUCAUGCGAAGUAUGUCAGUUUUUUAUUUUUCAUCUUAAAAAGAAAUAUAAAAUAAAGGGAAUCAUAGUGCAAGGCUAUAAUAAUUAUAUGAAAAAAAAAAAAAAAAAAAGAACAGAAAAAAGUUAUUUUAGAUGUUAGAUCUUCUUUUUAUAGUUUGUAAUGUAACAGAAAUAAAACAGUGCAAUAGUUUCUACUUUUGUAGAAAAUUAAACAAAAGCAAUGGAUUGCAAUUAGCAUAGAAAUUAAAUAAAACAUAUUUUUAUGAAUUCAUUAUCUUUUUACCAUUUUCUUUAAACUGAGAGCCCUUAAUUUUGUAAUCUCCCAACUAUAUUUUUAAAACAUAGCGUCACAUGUAAGUCCCUGGUUAGUAAUUACUGGUCAGUUUGAAAAUAUAGUUGUUUGGUUAUUAAAACUAUCAUUGCCAACUUUCCUAGAUAUCUUUUUUUUUAAAGUAUACAUUCGAAAAAAUACUUUUAAUUUGUAAUGUUCUUAGUAAACCAUAAUGUAGUCCAAUACCUCAUAAAAACUUUAAAAAAUUAUUUUACUAGUUAUAAUUUAUUUAUUUUUUAGGUGGUAGCUGCUAUAUCAAUGGAGACAAAUUAAAUAUGUUCAGAUCUAUGGCUUUAAAGUGGCAAACAAAAAAUUUAGUACCUCGAACAAUGAUAGAGAACAAUAUUUCAGUUUCUGGUCUUCAUUUGGGUUUGCUUUUUGAAACUAAUCCAACAAAAAUUCGCGAUAUCAUGGAAGAAUUAUUUCAAAUGAUGAAGGAUAAAUUAAUAAAACCGAAAAUUCAUACUACAUUACCGUUUGAAGAAGUUAGUAAGAAACUACUUGUUAAAAAUUUGACUAAUUUUUGAUAAAUUGUAUUUGAGUAUACUGUUAUAUUUUGUUUUAAUAUUUGUACAUCAUCAUUUUUUCAUAACAGGUUAUCAAUUCUUAAUAUUAUUUUAUUUGCUAGGUCAUUGCAGCUCAAAGAUUAUUAUCUGAGAGAGAGAACUAUGGAAAAGUCCUUUUAAAGAUAAAUCAUUAGAGAAAAAAUAUUUUAAAAUUAAUAUUUAGUUAAUAAUUUUAGUUAUUUUAUUGAUAUUUGUUAACUGAGUAGUAAUAUGAAUAUUAUAGUUUAAAGUAUUGAUUAUAAAAUAUAAUUAUAACAUUCCUAAAUUUAAGAAAAUAUAAUGUUAUUUGGAAAGUAAAUAUAGAUUAGUUAAUGGUAGCUUAAUUACGCAUUAUUUGGUUGGUUAAGUCAAAAGAUUAUAAAAGUAAAAUUAAGGAAAAAUGAUGCCCGCCAAACACACUAAAAUAACUAUAAAAAAAAAAAGAGGGUGUGGUUAAGCCCUUAGGAGGGCUAAAAUAAAAUUAAUAAAUAAAUAAAUAAAUUAGCUCUCUAUCAGCCAUAAUUUUUUAUUUAAAUUUCACAAGUUGAGCUUGUCAAAUUAAUGAAAAUAAUUGAUAUAUGAAGUAUUUAUUUUAUAAAUUUGCUUACUUGAAGUUGAAUAGUGGAUGUGUUGUAUAUUGUACGGAAUAUUAUUAUAUUAAAUUUUGUUUCAAGCUUUGCGAUAAUUUAACAUUUAUCUUUUCAAAAUAUACCUAUAUAAUAUAGGCUAAAUAUUUGUAUUUUUUAUCUUUAUUACUCAGAUUUUUAACAAUUAAUAUUUUUUUCUGAAAUAUUGAAAAAAAAAGUAUUAGUUAAGGGGCCAUUAUUAGAAGAGGGCCCAUUUGGUGAUCCUUGUCUUGCCGACUUGACCUUUAUUUAGCUGCCACAGAGAUUGGUAGAUAAUUAUUAAACAUAUAUUAUACAAGAAGAUAUUAUCAAACAAUUCAUUGAUUAUUUUAUGGACUAUGGUCUGAUCUUCACUUACCUAUCUUUUAAAUUAAAAUUUUAAAAUAUUAUAAUUUAUUUAUUUAAGGAAACUAGAACUAUUUUAAGAGAUUUAAUGUGAGUUAUAUUAAUGUUUAUUGUAAUUAAAUUUUAGUGUGUAUUAUAGACAUUAGGUAUUACAUCUAACUAGUAUAAUCCUGUGUAUGCCAUUAUUGUUAAUAUUGUUAUUAAUUUAUAAAUAAAGUAUCAGUUAUUAUAAAGGACUAAAGUUGAUUUUUUGUCAAUUAUUCAAUAAGGAUAAAUCGCCAAUUUUAAAUUUGUUCAUGUUUUUCAAAAAAAAAAUAUGUGUAUAGAUGACAUGGACAAAUACUUAAAAAAUUGUUCACCCUUUUUUGGCCCCAAAAAAGCUCAAAACUAAAUGUGUGCCAUAAAUGGCGCAAUGUGCACCAAAAC